GCGACGUACAUACGAUACAUUUUUUUCCCCAUUUCUUUCUAUUCAGAAAGUAUCAGUCAAACAUUAUGAUGUCCCUUUACAAUAUUUCAUGUGAAAAAAUCGCCACAUACAUUCAAAAUGGUUCCUACGACAACUCCGUAUACAGGCUCGAUUCAAAAUCGAGCAACAAAAUCUACAACCUCUUGCUGGAAAAGAAAAAUGAACUAACCGAUCGCAUUAGUCUACAAGUUGCUGCUAAAUUCAAUUUAUCGGAAAUUAGUUUCAAAAAUUUUCCAAAUUCCACGAUUUAUGUAGAAAUUCUGCAGAAAAGUUGCCUGAAGUCACUUUGCCUUGGAAACUUGAAAAACAUUGCAAGUUUUUUUGAAGAUGAUCAAAAAUCUAUCAACAUUUGUUAUUUGUUAAGUUAUUAUCUCAAUGAAGAUUCUCGUAGAAAUCUUCAAACUUUGGAUUUGAGCGGGAAGGAGGAAUUUUCAACAGGAUGGACUGUAAAGAUCGGUCAUAUGUUCCCUUCACUCACGACUCUAUCCAUUCGCGGAAGAACUCUCUACAAAAAAGAGUUUUUGGUAGUUUGUCAAAAUUUUCCCAAACUCAUAUCUUUGGAUAUUAGUGAUACAAAUGUACAGCUGCUUUUUGGUAUAUCCUACCUUAUCCACUUGCGAGAACUCACUAUGCAAAACUUGACAUUUCUCUCUCACUUCGUCUGGCUCGAUUUGUUCCAUUUGAGUGGAUUAGAAUUUUUGGAUAUAUCUAGAGAUAAGUUAAACAAAGAUAUGAAAACUGUUAGACAAUACGUGGAUUGCGGUAUGGGCCUUUCAAAUUUGAGAUUUUUGGAUUGCUCUGGAACUGAUAUUGAUGAUCAAUUAGUUCAAUGCUUACAACUUUCGCAUCCUAAGUUGAAACAAAUAUGCGUAUUCGACAGUGUUCUUCAACGCUCAACUAUACAAUCUGCAGGGAUGAUGACAUUAAACACAGCGACUCUCGGCUCGUCGCUGAACUGCUUAAAUUAUUUCGUGGCCCGAAGAAAAGAAUAUGCAGUUUGGAAAUGUUUGAAAGAAAUUAACACUCAUGUUUAUAAUACGAAAGACGAUGAGCUAAAUCACACGAAUUUCAUAAAUUGUACACUCCGAGCAAUGAAUACAUUUUCUUCAAAAAACGUUGGCGAUGAAGGAAUCAGGUGCUUGGUUCAAAUUUCAAUGCAAGAAACAAUGAAAAUGCCAAUACUUGAAAGAAGUCUGGCAUUGAAACGACUUUCAAACUUCAUUGUUGAUCUUCCAAGUUUGGAUUCACUUGACCGUCUUGGUUUUCAUGUUGCUGUUUGGCAAGCUGUUUUUAAUCUGCUUUCCAACUUUCCAAAUGACUCUGACUGCGAGAAAAUCUGGCUGGCUGCGAUGGGUUUUCUUCAAAAAAAUCACAUUUCUGUUUAUUGUCAAACUGGAGUGCUAACUGUUUUGCAUAUGUGCACAACUAUAAUGACUCAAGACCAAUUGAGCUUGUUUGCGGAAAAAAGACCACACAUGCUACAGCUUUUUCUUGCUUUAAAUUGGUCAUUGAAUAAAAAAGAACACAAUUUGACUCGAUGCAUAAUGCAUAUAAUUCAUUACUUGACAAAAUCGAGUUACGAGGCCUGCAAAUAUUUGGAAGGAAUUAACUUUGUUAGUGUACUAUUAGAUUGCAUGAGGAGUUUCAACAAUGAUCAGAUAAAUGUUCAAUGUCUCGCAGUCAUGGUAAAUUUAGCCCGUCAUUUAGAAUACAAAUGUUUUGGAAUUAAAAUGCGAUUGGAUUUCUACAUUUUCUUCAGCGCAAGUUUUUGCGAUACAAAAAAAGAAUCAACAUACUAUGGAUGCACAUAUAUUGCACUUUUGCUGAUCAGUUCGGAGAAGCAAAACAGUAAUUGUUGGUACUGGGAUGAUGCAAAUGAUUUGCUGAUGGAAAACUGCUCAAAUUACUUGCCUUCAUCAAUCGCACACUAUUAUAAACAUUUGAUUACCCUUGACUUUCUCCACGAUAUUCUUAAAACGACAAAAGGAAUUGGUCUAAUUCUCUGGGCUCUUUCGACAAUACGGAUAUAUUUGAGAAGUAUUAGUAAAAUUAGCAGACAGUUCAAGUGUAAUCUUAUUUUCACCAUUACCAAAAUUUCCUGCAAAAAACAAUUCGAAACGACGAAAAUUGAAGAAGUUGGGAAAAUAAUCAUGGCUAAUUAUCUUUUACUAUGAUAUCUUUUACUUUUUUAUCUUUUACUCAUCCAUUUUGAAAAA